GCUUAGCGACACUUGGUUUCAUUACCGUUUUCUCGUAAAAUUUUCACCGUUACACGUCUUGACACACAUUCACCGGAAUUAUUUUGUUGAGAACCUUUAUCGUGACACGUCUGUGUUUCACUCAGUUCAGAAUGAAUAAAAUAUUGUUUCUGUUUUUAUUGGGAUUUGUGGGAAGUUUGGCUGAUUCUAGGGUUUUAUCGCGUCGGCGGCGUUAUGUCGCUUUUCCGGAAGGUUCGAGUUUCUCGUGUGCAGGGUGUAUGACGGUAGGAGUGAUAGGGCAACCCGCACCAUCUUCUUCGCCAGGACUAUUCACCUUUGGCUUGAACUGGGGCAUUGCAUAUGAACUGCCAAAUGUUACUGAGACUGCAUAUGCAUACAGAGCUAAGAAAAGGCCUAUUGCACAGCGCAGGAGUCGGAGGCAGUUGUAUGAAAAGCUUGAGCUUAUAAUCGAUAAUAUGGGUUAUAAUGGAAGGGAGUGUAUCUUGAAGACCCUUUGUGAGACCACUCAACGCAUCGUACCCCAUGGAGACAAUAUGAUUGAGGAGAUAUUCAGGACUAUGUUUUCGCUUCCAAUGGCAAAGGUUUUACCGACAGAGCCUCUCGAACACACCAUUUACGACUCAGCCCAUCGCCUUGGAGUACUCUUGGAUUCAUGUGAAAGUUUCAAAUGUCCGUUAUCUUUAGUUGAUUUGGCUAAAGGUUAUUACAAUGCUCCCGCGCCGACAGGUGAUACAUCAAGAAGUCCUUGGUCGCUAUUUAGUAGUUCUUUCAACAAUUUCUUAUAAAUUAUUUAGUAUAAAAUAAAUCACUUAAUAUUAAAGCUUAUAUUUGAAUAAGUACACAAAAACUGUAUAAUCGUAUUAAACGCACAUUGUGUAUUCAACUUGCCGUAUACAGUAUAGCGUAUUUAUUUGAAAGUUUUUAAGAGUAUGGAUUAGUAGGGUGAAAAUAAGAAAUAAACAAAACUAAAACA